AUGUUCCCUCUGCACUUGGCCGUUCUCUUCGGAUUCUCCGACUGCUGUCGAAAGCUGCUUUCCUCAGGUCAGUUGUACAGCAUCGUGUCCUCGCUCAGCAAUGAGCACGUGCUCUCCGCCGGCUUCGACAUCAACACCCCCGACAGCCUGGGCAGGACGUGUCUGCACGCCGCCGCCUCCGGGGGGAACGUGGAAUGUCUGAAUUUGCUGUUGAGCAGCGGCGCUGACCUGAGGAGGAGGGAUAAAUUCGGGAGGACCCCCCUGCACUACGCGGCGGCCAACGGCAGCUACCAGUGCACGGUGACGCUGGUGACAGCCGGGGCCAGCGCCAACGAGCCCGACGGCAAAGGCUGCACGGCGCUGCACUACGCCGCCGCCUCCGACACCUACCGCAGCGCCAACGAGCCCGACGGCAAAGGCUGCACAGCGCUGCACUACACUGCCACCUCCGACACCUACCGCAGGGCAGAGCCUCACUCGGGAAGCAGCGAUGAGGAGCCCCUGAAGGAGUCCAGGCUGAAGGAGGCGUUUUUCUGUCUGGAAUUCCUGCUGGACAACGGUGCUGACCCCUCCCUGCGGGACAAGCAGGGCUACACCGCCGUCCACUACGCCGCCGCCUACGGCAACCGGCAGAACCUCGAGCUGCUCCUGGAAAUGUCCUUUAACUGCCUGGAGGAUGUGGAAAGCACCGUCCCAGUCAGCCCUUUGCACUUAGCUGCCUACAACGGUCACUGUGAAGCCCUGAAGGCGCUGGCCGAGACGCUGGUGAACCUGGACGUGCGGGACCACCGGGGCCGCACCGCGCUCUACCUGGCCACGGAGCGCGGCUCCAGCGAGUGCGUGCAGGUGCUCACCAGCCACGGCGCCUCCGCCCUGCUCAAGGAGAGGAAGAGGAAGUGGACGCCCCUGCACGCCGCGGCUGCCAACGGGAACACGGAUUCCCUGCACCUGCUGAUCGACAGCGGCGAGCGGGCGGACAUCACCGACGUCAUGGACAUCCACGGCCAGUGA